AAAUUAAUUUUACACAGAGUAGAAUAUAAUACGUGAACCUAUACACAAAAGAAGAGGCUCGAAACUGAAGCCAGUUCUGAUGUUUCUAGACAAAGAAAAGAAGCGUCAAACCGAUUUUAACCCAUUAAAAACCAGAAAUGACUGAUACACAUCGACGCAUAUAAACCGCUCUAUUCAUUCUAAUUCAGUUGAUAUGCCGUUGGAGGAUAAAUGUUGUAGCCCUCGUAAAAUGGUAUGUUCUCAAUUAUGAUGUAUUAUGUUGCCUAACUAUGUUACAAAUAAUGGUUGAAUAUCUCAUUUGUACUUGACAGAAGGACACGUCUUAUUUUGAAGAUGGUAAAAGACACAUUGACGUAAUUCUCGUAUACAGAUUACACUCUCACGAAGAACCACGUAAGCAGAAAUGGCGAGAUACGUUUUUUACCAAUAUAAUGCUGGAGAUGGGAUUGGAAACCGAGCUUACACUCUCUACGAAUCCUGAAAGUGGACUAUUCUUCCUUAAAAUUCAUGCACCUUGGCAGCAGGUGAUAAGACAUGGCAAUAUAUUUGAUAUUAAACCAACUUUGGAUAAUAUCAUGGAUGAAACAUAUCGUAAUCACUGGUGGGAUAAGUGGGUGCCCAUUGGUUUUCCCAAACUCGAACGUUGUACUGAGUACUUACGAAAAAUUUACGAAAACGAGAUCACCAAUGGAGUGUACUCACAAGAACUUAAUUUAUUAUUAUUAUUAUUAAUAAUAAUAUUAUUAUUAUUAUUAAUAAUAAUAUUAUUAUUAUUAUUAUUCAAUUAAUUCCCAAGAAACUCAAUUUCACGUUACAUUCUGCCUUCCGAUGUUAAUUUUCAUCGAUAAAUAUUAUUUUUACAAUGUAAAAGUUAAGUAAUCUCACUUUCGUUACAUGUCGACUAGUAAAUGGGAAAAGCAUGCCUAUACAACAGCGGACCGAGCACUCAUCAUUUGGGAAAUUAUGUGGAGAACAAAAUUUGGUCCUGAACCACACCAAAUUGGUUUGCUGAAGUUGCUCAACGAUCAUGUUUUUUUAACUGCGUAUCCACUACAUGAUGGAUACGUAGAACAUUGGAAGAAUGAACUACCAACACAUCGCCAAAUUUUGUAUCGUGAAUGGGGAAAUCCUAAGGCAACCUUUAAAUAUCAACCAUUAAAUUUAAUCUGCCUUUACUUCGGUUGCGAAGUCGGUCUUUAUUUCACUUGGCUUGCUUUCUAUAAUCGAAUGUUACUACUCCCGACAGUUGUGGGCAUUGUGACAUUCAUUUUUGGAAUAGUCACCCUUCACGGAGAUAAUUCAUUCGUGGACGAGUUAUGCUCCAGUCAGGAAAAGAUAUGUGGACGCUGCCCGGAUGAAAACCAUUGCUCUGCGUAUAAACUAUCUGACUCCUGCUCGUAUACGAAGAUUUCAUACAUUACCGACAAUAACAUGACCAUAUUUUAUACAACAUUUAUGGCGCUAUGGGCAACAGUUUUCAACAAAAUGUGGAAGCAAAAGUUGUCAAUGCUGAGUUGGUAUUGGAAUCUUCAUGAUUCAACAACAGAUUAUGACAUGCGACCGCAGUAUGAAAUAGCAGCAACAAAAUAUCGCUAUAACUCGUUAACGAAGAGGGUACACUUAGAGCAUAAUGUCUACCGUAAAACAUGGCAAGUUGCAAUAUCUGUUACUCUCAUUAUGGUUCUGACAUUUACUGCAUGCUCUGUAUACUUUGGAGUAAUUCUCUUAAGAACUACGAUAACGCACUCUCUAAGAAUUAGUCAUAAUAAAAUACUUCGUUGGAAUAGUUCAAUAAUAGCAAUACUUGUUGCUUCGAUGGUGAACUUGUGCUUCAUAUUGAUGUUGGAGAUUGUGUAUGAAAAGCUAGCCAUAAUCCUGACCAAUUUGGAAAAUCCUAGAACUCGCGCGGAAUAUGAUAAAAGUUACACUAUAAAGAUCUAUGUAUUGUCAUUCAUCAAUUACUAUUCUGCAUUAGUGUACAUCGCAUUCUUCAAAGGAAAAUUCUUCACACACCCUGGUGAUCAUGGACGUUGGAAUCAUAUGUCAGGCAUUUCUAUGCAGCAAUGUGAUCCAGCCGGAUGUCUGAGCGAACUUUCAAUACAGUUAGCAAUUAUCAUGUGUGGAAAGCAAGUAUUUUUGAAUAUCAUGGAAGUAAUUGUUCCAAAGAUUCUGCGUUGGUUCAAGGGAAAGUUAAACAAGUUUGAAAACUUACCACGGUGGGAAGAAGAUUUUCUGCUUCGGGAAAAUGAGCAGUUUACUUUGUACAUGGAAGUACAUGAAAUGGUUCUCCAAUAUGGAUUUGUCACUUUAUUUGUAUCAACAUUCCCAUUGGCCCCAAUGUUUGCUCUUAUGAAUAACAUAUUUGAAGUCCGAAUCGAUGCGCAUAAAAUGUUGUGUGACUUGAGAAGGCCAUUUCCUCGUAGGGUAACAAGUUUGGGGGCUUGGGAAGACAUUUUAGAAGGAGUAACUUACACUGCAAUUGUAUUCAAUGGCUUAAUUAUAGGAUUUACCAGUGAUUUCAUACCAAAGCUGCUCUAUAAAAUAGAAAAUGGUAGUCUCCAGGGCUAUGUGAAUGACUCACUAUCAAUAUUCGCAACCAAACACUAUGGGUCAACUUUGAAACCUGACACAUGCCGAUACCCUGGAUAUCGCUACCCACCUGAUCAUCCUUUGGCAUAUGAACUUACGCCGAAAUACUGGUAUAUACUAUGCUGGCAGUUUAUAUUUCUUGUGAUAUUUGAGGUAGGUAUAGUUAGUGAAAUUAAUUUCGAACCUUCCGGUUCUCGUAGAUCAUUACAUGCAGCAAUUAGCUUGCCGGAAUUUAUAUUAAAUCACUAUUGCUACCCAAAUCAUUUUUUACCUUGCAGCAUUUUGUAUUUGGUGUAACGCGAUUCAUAUCUCAUGCAAUUUCUGACAUGCCUCAAUAUAUAAAAGAAAAAGUUCAAGCAGACAAAGAAUUCCUACGUACUUUAAAAGAUCGUACCAUUGGAAGUGAUUAUUAAUUAAUUAAAUAUGAACAAUAUCUUGACAUACAGCUAUUAACAAAAAUUCCAAUAUCGAGGGAUGGAUGAAAAGCCAAUG